CCACCACACCGCUGCUCUCUGCACAGCCGCAGUCCACGACAGAACCGCGCCACGCUCCCUUCGUUUCCUUCUUCUUCUUCCUUCUCCAGCAUCCAUCUCUCUUUCUCUCAGGCAGAAGAAACACCAGCAUCCCUCUUUCCCUCCUUCCCUCCUUCCUGCCGUCCUUCUCCUCCUUCCUCCCUCGAGCUGCUGCUGCUGCUGCUGUCUCUGUCCCUCACCAGUGUCAUGGAGACACAAGGCGGCUGCUCCUCCAUCUAGACGGGAAGUCUCACCUCACAGAGUCAAGACGGGGGGCACAAUGAGUGAAGAACCUCCGGUCACCCCCAACUGGCUGAGCCCUGACCCCACAGCGUGGGCCAGCGGAGGCGGGGGACCGUUGGACAACAGCACCGGUCUGGGGACGUUUCCGUCGGACAACUCCCUCCAACCCAGCCAGCUGCCGCUGCUCGUCAACCCCUGGGACAUAGUGCUGUGUUCAUCUGGGACUCUGAUAGCCUGUGAGAACGCCCUGGUGGUGCUGGUGAUCUGGCAGAACCCGGCGCUCAGAGCCCCCAUGUUCCUGCUGAUCGGCAGCCUGGCACUGGCCGACCUGCUGGCCGGCCUGGGCUUGGUGCUUCACUUCACCUGUGCCUAUUUGCUCCGCUCUGACUCGGCCCAGCUGCUGACCGUGGGCCUGGUGGUGGCCUCCUUCUCCGCCUCUGUCUUCAGCCUGCUGGCCAUCACCAUUGAUCGCUACCUGUCGCUGUAUUACGCCCUGACCUACAACUCGGAGCGGACUGCGGCCUUCACCUACACCAUGCUGGUGCUGCUGUGGGGCCUCUCUCUGUGUCUGGGUCUGCUGCCAGUCACGGGGGUCAACUGCCUGGCAGAGGAGGCCACGUGCAGCGUGGUGCGACCACUGACUAAGAACAACAUCGCCGUGCUGUCCGUCUCCUUCCUGCUGCUUUUUGGUCUCAUGCUGCAACUCUACGUCCAGAUCUGCAAGAUCGUGAUGCGCCAUGCUCAUCAGAUCGCCCUGCAGCACCACUUCCUGGCCGCCACGCCCCACUACGUCACAACGCGGAAGGGCGUGUCCACGCUGGCCAUCAUCUUGGGCACCUUUGCCGCCUGCUGGAUGCCAUUCACUGUCUACUCCCUGAUCGCCGACUACACUUACCCUCCACUCUACACCUACGCCACGCUGGUACCUGCCACCUACAACUCCGUCAUCAACCCGGUCAUCUACGCCUUCAGAAACCAGGAGAUCCAGAAGGCACUGUGGCUGGUGUGCUGUGGCUGCGUGCCUGCCAGUGUGGCCCAGCGGGCACGGACCCCGAGUGACGUCUGACUAAGCAGACCCAGGCGGGAAGAGAGAGAGGUGUUCUGGGUCAGCUGUGCUCCUCACCGGAUCUGUCCGGUGUCACAGAGAGCAGCAGCAGCAGGGGAGGAGGUCGGCGUCGGAAGUGGCCGAGGGGGCCGUGGCUUCAGCUCUGUCUGCAGAUAUGUCACUGGCAGAGGCGGUGUGGUUACUUACUCACAGCCCUCCUGGAUGGAGGGUGUCCAUGUCUCUUUUUUUGCUUUCUUACAAUCACCAUAGGGCAAAUGUAUGUCACACUGUCUUCCCUGGUUAAAGGCAGCCACUGCG